AUGACUUGCCAGUUUAGUCCCACUAGUGCUAUUGUCCGACGUUACCAUCGUGGGCAAAAUAUCGUCUUAAAUGGACUUGAUGGUCACUGGUAUAUCGACGGCUGGGAGUUCGAUGCUGCACCAAAUCCAAACCUAUGGGAAGAGAAAUAUGCCCUUCAAUCAUAUUGGGCAGCACAACUGAGUUUCCGAAGCGAACAUGCGCCAAACAUGAGUUUUAUAAGAAUUAUACAGCUGUUUCAAAAGGGCAAAGUUUCGAAUACAAUCCACCCCGAUAUAAUGGAUUUGAAGUUCGAUAUGGUAAACGAGUUCUUACGAAACUUAGAGGCACAGGCAAGAAGAAACGUGGAAAGCCGCGAGAUGGAGCUUUGCGAAGAAAUCAGAAACAACGAAUAUACUACUGUCGAAGAUAUUGAUAUGAUUGACGGAAUUAAAAUAAACAACGAAAGAACGCCAACGGGCCCAAUCAUAUCAACGGACGCAGAGGAGAUUAUGGCAUCAGUGAUCCGGCAAUUAUACAACGUUCAGCUUGGAUGA